AUGAGGGCGAAGGAUAGCUUCAAAGGUUGCUGUGAUGAGUAUGAAUUCGGAUAUGGGUACAGAGGUACAGGUGCAGAGGUUUUGAGUGCAGAGGUAUGGUUGCAGAGGUUUCGAGUGCAGAGGUUUGGUUGCAGAGGUUUCGAGUGCAGAGGUUUGGUUGCAGAGGUUUCGAGUGCAGAUGUAUGGUUGCAGAGGUUUCGAGUGCAGAGGUUUGGUUGCAGAGGUUUCGAGUGCAGAGGCUAUGAUUCAGGAAGAGUGGAUUUGGACUGGGCUGGUGAGAAUGUAGGAGUUGAAGUUCGAGCUUCUGGUCAUUGUCUGUGUGCCAUUGUUCACUUUUCCAUAUUAUUUCAUUGUUUCAUUUUGGUUUUUCAUGCUUGUGUGCUGUUUUAUGUGCUUCAGUUUGGCCCUACGCAAUACCGGUCAAGGACAAUCAUAGAGAAUGUGACACCUGAGCUGAUUCGAGAUUUCUUUUGGGAUGACGAAUUUCGAACAGAGUGGGAUGACAUGCUUUUUUACUUCAAGAUUUUACAAGAAUGCCCUCAGACAGGAACCAUGAUCAUCCAUUGGAUUAGAAAGUUUCCUUUUUUCUGUAGUGACCGAGAAUACAUUAUAAACCGUCGAAUCUGGGAAUAUGGAAGGACAUACUAUUGUCUAACAAAGAGCACGCCGUAUCGUUCAUUACCAAGACUUAGAAAGCCGAGGGGGGUUGACCUCUACUACUCGAGCUGGCCAAUAAGGGCAGUGAAAUCAAGAAAAGGUGAUGGACAAUUGACAGCUUCUGAGGUUCUGCUCUUCCAUUAUGAAGACAUGGGGAUCCCCAAAGAGCUCGCCAAGAUCGGGAUCGGAAGGGCAAUGUGGGGUCUUGUCAGGAAAAUGGAAGCUGGGGUUCAAGCGUACCAGGUGGCACAAGCCACUGGAGCUUCUCCAUUGAGAUAUGCUCUAAUGGCUCGAAUUAAUACGAAGAUUUCGGCAGAUGCGCUCUCCACUAAUUUGAAGGACGCACUUAAACAAUGCCGAAGCCCUGUGACUUAGAAUGCUCCACUGCCAGAGCGCACAUAUGCAGUGCCGGAGCGUUGUGUUACAUUGACGGAACACACUUAUGCUGUGCCGCAGCGCGUAUCACACUACGGAACGCACGUAAACAGUGUCGGAGCCCUAUGACUCAGAAUGCUCCACUGCUAGAGCGCUGUGUUACAAUGUCGGAGCGUAUUUACGUACUAACGGAGCGCGGUGUUACAUUGUCGGAUCGCUCUUACGCCAUGCCGGAGCCCCUGUGACAGUGGUCCGUUAUGGUUUAAGGGCGCUCCGACAACGUGCUAUGAGAAUGACAUUUUCGUCCAGAAAAAUAAAUUUUUUCCCUUGGGGGGUUUUUU